AUGAGUUCGCCCGCGCAGGCUGGACCGUCGGUCCCCAAGGAGAAGGAGAAGAAGGGCAUGGGCAAGAUGGUCUCCCGGGUCAAGACGAUAUUGAAGAGGGCCGAGAAGCGCAUGUCAAUCUCUGGUCCUCCCAGAGACACCGAGGCCACUAGCUCCUCCGCCGCGGCUGUCAAGACCAGUGAGCCAACACCGGCUCCGGCUCCGGCUCCGGUCGCCAAGACCACCAGGAAGGGCAAGGAGCUCGAGAUUGGAGCGACCAAGGUGCCUCGCAUGCAACUGCACGAGGAGCGUGCUCGCAAGCUAGGCGAGAGGUUCGGGCUGGAGAUCAAGCCGAGCGAGUGGCACUCGACCGAAGGCGAUGCUCUGCGGGUCGAGAAGCCCAUCCGCAUGCGCGUCCACCGCAUCUGCCAUGAGUGCAAGACGACCUUUGGCACUGCCAAGGAGUGCCCCAAGUGCAAGCACCCGCGCUGCAAGGACUGCCAGCGCUAUCCUCCCAAGCGCACCGAAGCCGAGAAGAUUGCCAGCCGUGAGCGUCGGGCUCAGAUCCUCAAGGAGAGGGCCGAGAAUGCGCCCAUCAUCCCUGAUUGGGAUACCACGGAAAAGAAGAUCGAGCUCAGGAGGCCCGGCAAGCACGGCGGUCCCGACCUGGUCCUCCGGAAGCCUCGCCAGAGAAUCCGCAGAACGUGCCACGAAUGCCAGUCGCUCUUCGCCUCUGGUAACAAGAGCUGCACCAACUGCGGCCACGUCCGCUGCACCGACUGCCCUCGCGAUCCUGCAAAGAAGGACAAGUAUCCUUAUGGAUAUCCUGGCGACGAGUUUGGUCCCAAUUCGAUCCCUCACCACAAGUGCCACCAAUGCAAGACCAAAUUCCCGCCCAGCUCUGCCGACGGGACCGUGUGCACCAAGUGCUCGCAUGAGAAAUGCGCGGACUGUCCCCGCCUGAAGCCUCAGAGGGUCGAGCCUGAGCCCGAUCCGGCCAUUCUCAAGAGUGUUGAAGAGAAGAUCGCGCAGAUGAGAAUCUCCACGUAA